ACAAAGUUUACAAUUAUGCGGAAACGCAUCCCAUGGCCAGUUUGAGGUGAAAGGUCAGCGGGAGGCUCUGCGCCACACCCAGAAAAAUGGCUGAGGAAGACGUCACGCGAUUGGUCACAUGACUCAACAUCAUCAGCUAAAUCACGAGGGCGCACACCCCCCCACCCCCCCUCCGCGCCAUAAAGGAGCGUGCGCGACAAAGACGCGUGACGCGUGCACAUUGGAAGCUGCUGUUGCGGGCAUCAAACUAUCGCCGUUCAUGUGCACGUGAUGGGAGGAGCCACGCGCAGCAGGUCAGCGCUAUGCUCUCACUUGCGGCGAUGGAAGGUCAGAAGCCACCUGAUGGAGGCAGGCUGGAGCCUGCUGGGGUUUGCGUCCGGCUUGCUCAUGGCGACGGCGUACGGCGCCAUGGUGCUCUCCCUGCAGAAGCAGUCGCUGUGGCCGUGCGUCUACAGCACGCUGGGCGUGGCAGCGGUGGCGGCCUUCGGGAUGGGACUGUCGGCGGACAUGCGCGGCAGCAUCAUGGUCAUGUUGCCCUCGCUGUGCUCAGCUCACGGACGCAACUUCCUGCUCUUCCUCUCCACUUCGCUGGUUCUGUCCGGACCGCUCGCCAACACGAUGGAGAACACGGAACGGGCCGCCGCCAGCCUGCAGUGUGGCGCCGAUAUGGCGGCCAAUCAAACGCGGGAGUUGAUGCAAAAAGCAGCCGCGCCCCUCCUCUCCGCGUUGGAUCAGAUCCGCGAGAUCUGCCGCAACGCCGUCGCCACGUCAACAAGGGUUGAGAAGCUGAUCAUGUCUCUGACCGACGCCGUCCGCCAUGUCGCUCGCACUCUAAGGAAUGUUCUCCACUUCCUGGUGGACAUCGGAGACGUCUGCAACGCCAAGAUGGGCUCGCCGUACAGGAAGUGCCAGAGCAUCUUCACGCAGGCCCGAGUGGACUGCGACGCCCAGCUGGGGGACUUCAACUUCCUGUGCGACAUUGUCAGCGGCUUCAUGCGCCUCUGCGAGCUGGCCCGCGCCGGCGAGCUCUUCUGCGUCAUCCCCUCGUACGUCGCCAAGCACCUGAGGGAACACCUGGCCGAGCCUGCUGUCUCGGCCUUUCAGCGCAUGCGGCGCCAGUUCGACUUCAACGUGACGGUGGCGGCCACCUUGGAGGCGGACGCCAACGUAAGCCGGCCAUUGGGGAAGACUGCUCAAGACAUCCUUGAGGAGCUAACCUCAGACCUGCGAGUCUUGAAGAAGCUGAUGGGUCCAUUCUCUUUGGCCGGCCCAGUGCUGCUCCUCUGCUCCUUACUCAGGGCCGUGCAGUACAGACGCAGGUACUUGACUCAGAUGAGCUUUGACAACAUAUACAUCAGCGCUCAGUUUGUAGAGCUGGACCGUCAGGUGUCCGCUGGGGGCGGGGCUUCCGUCUUGCCAAUCACUCGCAGAGAGUCGACCAUGUUCAUCACGCCGCUGUCGUUGCGACUAACGAGCCGUGAGUGGCGGGUGGCCCUGGUGGGCGGGGCCUGGGUGCUGAGGCACGCGUUGGCGGCCGGCCUGCUGGUGGCGCUGGACUUCCUGGUCUUCUGGCUCCUGGACCAGGUUCACCGCCAGGUCCAGAGCGACAUCCUGGGUCAAGCUCCGGUCACCGUGGCGGUGCAGGUUAACGGGUCGGGUUACAUGGCGGACAUCAUGCGGGACGUGGUGGCGUCCUUCAACGUCCUGCAGGGAGGAAAGGUCACCGCAAUCAGCACAAAGUGUAUGCUGGCGCCGUCGGAACCGGACUACGCCGCCUGCUUCACCUUAGGCUUCCUUCUAGGUCUGGCCCUGCUGGUGUCGCUCGUCGGAGGACCUGUGCAGCGCGCCCGACGACUCAUGUGCGCUUAUCUCUAUCCUGAGACCGAGCUGGAGCGUGUCAAAUUCCUGCGCCAGCUGAUCAUGGACGAAAGAAGGGCGGCGGGAAGGGCGCUAGUGAGGGUGAGGCCCAAGAAGCGGGCGCAUGGAGAGCAGCUACGCCGCCAUCUUAGUGCGCUGUUGCUGAGGUUACCAAGGGGAGGAGCUUACCUGUCUGACCUGCUGGCCUCGUCAUCAGACAUGUGUCUGGCCUGUGGCAGAGGGGCGGGGUCUACGUCCUUCGUCUGCGAUGUACCUAAUUGUCCAGGUGUGUACUGUCGGCCAUGUUUCUGCAGUUUGGGGAAGGUGUGUGACGUGUGUGAGCGACCCUUGACCUUCCAGCAGUACAGCGAGGAGGAGAUUGACUCCAGUGAUGGCGAGCUUUAGGCCAUCAAUGUGCGGAGCUUCGCGCCGCCAGGCUCUGAUGUCAGGCGGGUAGACCUCAAAGUUUGACCUGUGACCCCGUAAUGCUGAUACAUUCUCCCCUCGGUGAAUCGCACGCCGCCUCCUUCCUCAACACCGCCAACCGGCGUGGAUGGAAAGCAUUGUGUGUGUACUUGUAAAGAACAUAACAGGAGAGACAAUGUACAACGACCAUGUUUGGCGUUCCUGUAGGCGGAGCCACCUGCACACCCCCGAUUACACUCUAGUGUCAAACCCCUACCUGUAUUUACAUUAUUUACCAACACCUUUACUAUUAUUAACCAUCAUCAAAAGACAACGGAACUGAGAGUGGCACAAAUUACCUGCAGGGGGAAAACACAACUUCAGGACAUUAAAGUUUCACUUUCUAAUGCCAGCUGAACGAUGUAAAAGGUGU